AUGGCAUCCCCCCAUGGGAUGCAGUCAAGCUUAGCAGAUGCAGGGUGUCCUUUGCUGGAGCUUCCGGCUGAACUGAGAGAUCGCAUCUAUCGCUUCGUCUUGCCAGCGCACCGCAAGAUCACCGUUACUGCUUCCGGAUUCGACAUUGAAGGCCUGGUUAACACCUGCAGCCAGAUCCGCGGCGAAACCCUCUGCAUAUUCUACGGAGAAGGCCUCUUCCAAAUACAGGUACCAAAUUGGAACUCCGACGCACUGUCUUCUUUCACCCGCCACAUUCUCGACCCGCAGACACUUUUGGGAAGACUCUCGGAUUCCAACGCUUCCGUGAGGUACACUGUGGACUUCUACACGCAGCGCGUACUCACGCCGAACUGGAAGAAUCUGCUGGAAUGGACCCGUCGGGUUCAUCAGGGGGCAAUUACGAGACCGGGUACGAGUUCAGAAGCGAGUGCGCGAAGGGGCGAUUCCAGCAUUGUCACGACGGUUUUUGCGAUGAUGUGUACGGCGUGCGAGCUGAGAGAUCAGCCGUGGAGUCUGGCCGAGCAAGUUUCGACCCAUUACCGGGCGAUUCUGGCGUCGUUGGACGGGCGGUGGAUGAUAGAUGCUUGA